ACAAGACGGCGAGAGCACCCACCUUGCUUCUCCGCCACUGCCCACAUUAUUGAUGAUUGCAGUGAGUGAAAACACACGAGCACUUGUCCAACAUCUUGAGCCACUGAUGUCAAGUCAUCCGGACUACUCUUCCUUCAGUCAAUACAUAAGGUCAAAAUGACGUUAGCAGGUCUGCGUGUGUCAUGUGCCUUGGCUGCUGUUACCUUCAUAAGUGUUAGUAUAACAAAGGUAGAUGCAGAUGCCGUUUCUUGGAACUACGACAGAGGUGCAUUUGGAGGACCUGACGACUGGUUCAAAACAUUUCCUAAAUGUGGCGGGACAAUGCAGUCACCCAUCAACAUCUCAAGCAAUGCCAGUUACAAUCCCUACUUAGAAUACUUUGAUUUCAGAGAAUACAAAUUGACCAAGGGUGUCACUUUGACUUUAACCAACAAGGGAGGUCACACAGCUGAAGUUAUAUAUUCUGGGACGCCAAUUAUACUCCGAGGAGGAAGUCUCCCAGACGACUACAAACUACUACAGUAUCAUUUUCAUUGGGGGUCUCAGGACUCCAGAGGAUCUGAACAUAUUCUAGAUGGGGAGCAGUUUCCGAUGGAGCUUCACGUGGUCCACUAUCAAGCUCACCUGCCAAACGUUUCGGUCGCCCAAAUCCAACCUAACGGUCUGGCGGUUGUGGGAUUUUUCUUCAGGACGUCACCACAGAACAAUACCAGGUUUGGUAAACUGUUGUCUCACUUUGACCUCAUUAAGACAGUUGCUACUAAUCAAGAUAAUGAAACUGUGAUUGAAACCUUUCCACUCACCGAUCUACUUCCGGAUGGCCUAGAUAAACUCCAUUACUACCGUUACCAAGGAAGCCUAACCACGCCGCCAUGCUACGAGACUGUCAUAUGGUCCAUAGCAACUGAAACUAUUCCAAUAUCGGACUACCAGCUCAACAUCUUUCGAAGUCUUUACAAUGACGAGAACAAACCCUUGGUCAAUGACUACAGGCCGGUACAGCCCCUGAAUAACCGUGUAGUGGUCACCAACAAGAAGAAACGGUGCAACGCGAGAGUCCGCAAUGACCAACACAAAUCUAGCUGAAUAGAUUCCUGGAACUUUAAUCAGCAUUUAUUAAAUAUUAAAGCAUUA